UGCUCUAUGAGGCCUAUCAUCCUAUUUCAUCAGUUGGGCUUAUUGCCCUUGCUCCUAUCUCCAUCUCUUUGGAUGCGAGUUUCAUUUUGAGCUGCUCGACUCGCUUCCUAUAAUCUUCGACUCUCUUCCCUUUAUAUUCUAGAUUUAUGUAUUUCCUCAAAUCUAAUGUCUUCUAGGCGCAGCUUCUUCUCAAAAGUGAUCCCUUCUACGCGCAGAUCACAUUUCCUUUGUAACAUGUCCGCAGAGUUCGACAUUUUUAACUAUUUUUUUGUUAACUGUUUAUUCUUUAAAAAAAUCGGAGGUAAUUGUUUUGGUCGCCUGGUUGACCUUGCCGUUCCUCGCAGUUUUUGCACAGCGUUUAGUUUCGUAAUAAAACGGCUUAUGUGAUCAAAUGAAUACGCGGGAACAUGCACCUGUCAUUAUUCAUUCUAAUUUUAUUUUUAAAUUUGUAAGCCUUAUAUACUAUUUUUGUAGUCUUACUUAUCUAAUUAAAUAUAUGUACAUAUGUGUAUGGACUGCACACCACAUUGGGUUGCUUAUAACUGUACAAUGCAAUACGUGUGUGCAAGUGUGUUAUCGCAUUCUUUAUGUAUUAUAAUAUGGUUUUGGAUGACUUUCAAGUGCAUUGCCUAAAUAUAUAUCUUAUCAAUAGGUUAUCGCAUAUAUACAUCUUAACCUAAGUAAAUAUAUUUGUAUGUUUGUAAAUUUGAGUGCAUGCGUAUUACAUAUUAAUGCAUACUAGGGUGGGUCGAUUCCGGACUUUUUCGAUUCGGGAUUUCUAAUAGUGCGGAAAAGUUGCCUUAGUACUUCCUGAUUCCAAUGAAACUUUUUGUUUUGUGAUCGGAUUGCAUCCUCAACCCCAACUCCGGCCUUGAAAUUUCGGAAAUUCGCCUAAAAUCGUGAAAUUGCCUACCUAGUGCCUGAAAUACGCAUCUCAUGGCAAAAUGUAUAAAACAAAAGUUAUUUAUCACGUCAUUUGCUACCGAAAUGGUAUAUGUGAUCAUGGCCGUAGGACGAACCGUACCCGAGAUACGAGCGAAAAUGCGGCGCACCAUAGCGCAAGGUGAAAAUCGGCUUGCGGCCGCACUUCUUGACGUUGAUUUCGCCGAGUGCUAUCACUCACAUUCAUUCACCUACGCCAAAGGACAAGUUCGGAUAGGUCUCCACACAAAUAUUUUUUCAUCGAGUUCCUUCACUCUUGUCGGUGAUUUCGUCGAGUUCUAUCACUUAGAUUCAUUUCCCUGCGCCAUACGACACGUCUCCUGGUCUCCACAUAAAUAUUUUUUCAUCGAGUUCCUUCACUCUUCUCGUUGAUUUUGCCGAGUGCUAUCACUUAUAUUCUCUCAACAGAACACAGAACUCAAAAUGUCUGUAUCUAAAUUUAAAUUUAGACAGAAAUGUCCUGUGUUUGGCAUAUAUCCGUACAAUCUCUCUGAGUCCCAGUUACAUACUUACCAAGAUGUUCUUUUGUGUUAUCAGUUUGAAAGAUUUCGUAUAGGGCGACUCCGAAGCGACAACUAUGAAACUAGGAGUAAAGAGGUUACAGAAAUAGUUGCAAAAAAGGUUGAAAAUACUUUCAAAAAGUCAUCUAUUCCGAUAGUAUCACACACCAGAGUUAUAAAAAUGCCCACCACAUACCAUAAGAAAUUUCUGACUCUUAAACAAAUGUUUUUAAGGAACCCAAUAGGUUUGAGCUCUAAAAGAGACGACUUUGUCUCUUCUGCCGGAAAAUUAUUUGGCAUCGCUGCUUGUAAAUGCAUGUAGUUUUCUUCUUGCACUUGUCCAAAGGAAAGGAAAGGUCCUAUCAAUGAUCAACCAUUUCUCUUGGACCAGAGAACCAGAAGAAUUGGUUGCAUUGGAAGUGUUGAUCUACCUGAAACAAAAAAAAUUACAAAGAAAAAUGAACGUAAAGAAAAGCUUUCAAAACGUCAUUCAACAUAAACACUUACCAGAAAAGUAUCAGCUAGAACACGAGACCAUUCAGAUCAGCCAGACUCUCAGACAGACGACAACAAUGCAGGUGCGUCGCAAAUGGAUUCUUCCAAAAACGAUGCUGAUGAUGAAUUUUCUCUUCCAUCCUCUAAAACCAAACAAAACACAAAGCCUUGAUUGAUUCAUCUGCUUUUCUGGAUGCCAAAAAAGCAGGUUUGAUAACAGAGGAUCAGACUAGCUUUGUCACUGACAAAUGCAAGAUUAGUUCUUGAUUACAGUGGGUUGGUUGUCUUCUACAAUUCAACGAACUUCCAUUUCGUGCUCUUUUCGAACACAUAGAUGGUGUCUCAAAGAGUCCAAAUACAUUCUCUGGCGACAUAGGUGAACUGCUCCCUGAUUGUGAGAAGUUGCCUGUUGUCAAAUUUGAAAGUUUCCCAUCCUACCAAUUACCUUCUUAGGUUAUUAAUCCGACCCAACUUAGCACAUAGCAAGCGUAUCUCUAUAAAAUAUCAGAAGCUGUUAUUUCCGGUCAAUGUUCCUCAGAUUUAACGUCGAUGCAUCCAGAUAACAUGUGCAAAUCUCGCUGGCUCACCUGUGCAAAUAAAAUUCUGAGAUUAUAUAUUUCUACUGACAAACCAACAAAGGAAAUAAAGAUUUUGGUCAAGUACAUACUUACAGUUUACUCACCUUUGUGGUUCUCAAUAAGAUUCAACAGUUCAAACAAAGAUGGCUCGCGCCAUCUCUAUGCUGCAAUCCAAAGGGCGAGAUACUUACCUGCUAAACUGCGCAAGGUUGUCGAUUCAUCCAUCCAACAGAAUGCUUUCUAUGAUGACUGACGAACGGAUAGAAGUCAGAAAGUUGGCCCUUGACCGUCUUCUGGCAGCCAGAGAAGCAGAGUCUGACACUGUAAAUGGAAGGGUUAGAUGUAAUGAAGUGCCAAAGCUGAAUUUCGAAGCUAAUAAUUAUUACGAUAUGAUUAACUGGAAGACUAUUACCCUGACUGGUCCACCAGUUCUUUGUUCAGUUUUUAACGAAGAACUCAUAAAAGGGCUGUUGGGAGACACUGCAGAUGUAUGGAUAUUUAGUGAAUUCCCCUCUCACACCGUGGCAGUUGAGAGAACCGUCAAACUGAUGACAGAGGCAUCUUCUAAAGUUAUUGGCUCCCAAUCUCGUGAUCGUUUUAUACGCUCUACACUGAAAUCUAGGCAACAAGUGCCAAAGUUUAGUACAAAAUCGGAUUUUAUCAAUAAAUUUGACACAGAUUCAGACUAAAACAAGCCUGACAUAUGGUUGGUUGGUUGGGUUGGGCUUGGGAGGAACCCGAAGAGCACCUCCACGCGGUGGGUUCUGGGUGACCAAUACAGGUUAGCUGAGAGCUGCAACAAUUUUCACCUUGCGCUGUGGCGCGCCGCAUUUUCGCUCGUAUCUCGGGAACGGUUCGUCCUAUGGCCAUGAUCACAUAUACCAUUUCGGUAGCAAAUGACGUAACAAAUAAUUUUUUUUUUAUACAUUUUGCAUUUCAGGCGCUAAGUAGACAAUUUCACGAUUUUAAGCGAAUUUCCGAAAUUUCAAGGCCGGAGUUGGGGUUUAAGAUGCAAUCCGAUCUCAAAACAAAAAGUUGCAUUGGAAUCAGGAAGUACAAAGGCAACUUUUCCGCACUAUUAGAAAUCCCGAAUCGAAAAAAGUCCGGAAUCGACCCACCCUGAUGCAUACGUGCCUCAUAUAUGUAUGUAUGUGUGUUGCAUAUAAAUUCAUAUAUUUUUAUGUGUUUAUUUAUGUAUGUAUGGACGUAUGUUCAAUAUAUUUGAAAAUAGAUGUUUAAGAUUAGUGGACUGUAUACAUACAUAUGUGUUUAUAGUAUGUAUUAAAUGGUAAUGUAAAGGGAUAUUCUAUGAUUGGAGGGCUGCGUCCGCAUUUCCUAUUAUUAUAUGUUUGAUAGGCCGUCUUGAGUCCUAGCGUAUUAAAUUAUUCGGAUUCGAUAUUUUUUUCCUUGUACAAAUGUCUUUGAUUUCCUUUCUUAUAAAAAUUUGCUUAUGAUAUUAUUCACUUUAUUUAUUUUGCUCAACAUUCACUGGAAUAAUUUUUUUUUUGGAAUUACUUUAAAUAUUGGGUUGUCAAAAAAGUCUUGCGGUACUUUAUUGAUUUUUUUUUUAUUGAAAUUGAAAUGAAUUUUUGAUGACUCAUGCCCAGCUCUUGACCGAUGCUACGGCUGCUACUAUGCCGGUCUCUUUCGACCAAUUCAGCGAUUUUAUCGCAAUUUUCGACGACAGGCCUUCCGGAGCAUGGCGCAUCUUCGACCACCUCUGCACCAGAACGAAAACGUUGAAACCAUCGUUGUGCGGUGGAAAUGGAAACUGUAUCGGGUCCAUAAACGGCACAAAUUUUAUUGGCGGCUUGAGAUGCAUUUUUGCCUUUAUCGUAGUAGUACUGUAAAAUAUACCGUAUUUUCUCUUUAAUUUGCUCCAUGUUUGCGACGCUAUAACUCACGAACGACUCAAAAGAAACGACAAUCAAUCAAACACGUGUUAACGCGUGAAAUGAGCUUUCCAAAAAGGUAUAGCAUAACCCGAUGCGACAAACGAAACUAAAACUACGCGCUUUCAGCGCCAACUAGCGAAAAUACCGCAAGACUUUUUUGACAACCAUAUGUAUAUAGUAAUGUAAGCCUCCAUAUCGCCUAUAUAAUACAUACAUAUAUAGUAAUGUAAGCACCCAUUUACAUAUUAAUUUACAUAUUUACAUAUAACUAAUACUACCUUAGUUUUAAGAGAAAUAAGAGUAAGAGAACAAGAAGACAUUAGAAGAGUAAUUAGGAUUAAGCUUUAAAAUAAGAUAGGAUAAGUGUAAAUGAUACGAAAAUAAAGAAAUGAGUUCUAUUACAGACACUAACGAAAGCGUUUGUUUUAUUCCGAGAACGUGAUUGGCGACGAGGAAAACUUGUUAUUAAGAAUAAUAUUUUUGAUCAGAGUCAAAUUUUAAAAUUCUUAAUACAUAUAUUUAUAAAUACGUAAUUUUUUUUAAAUAAAUAGACUUUUGUGUUUGAAUAAACGUAAAAAAAAGAAGAAAACAAUUGUACCAGUGCUAAAAACAAAACAAAAAAAAAAAAACAUUUUUACAAAAAAAAAAAAAACGCUUAAAAAGUGUAUAAAAACUAAACAUUGUCAAAGCGGUGAAAUUAAAUAAAAUAAGCUUAACAGUUUGUGGGAAGUUACAGGUUUUCUUUAAAUUGAUAACUUUUAUAAAACUUAUCAAUUCUCUAUAAUGUGUGGUUGACGGUGACCUCUAGCAAUUCCAAGGGCAAUCAAGGUGAUACCUGGGGAAAGAAACGGGAUCCACAAGAAAGACAGCAUAAAGAUCACGUGAUAUACGUGACGUGAAAACUCGAAAAAAAACAACGCGAAACGCAACACCUUAAAAUAAUUAAAAACAAAAAAAAAUAUGUGAGAAACAUUUCUAAUUAGCCGCUGAGCGAAAAUUUAGUUCUUUAAAUCAAACAAUCUUUUCGUAAAUCGUGCUGAGCAAAACAAUGCUUUAAUUAAAUGAGCAAAGGAGUUGUAUAUUAUAGAAAAAAAGCAAUUACAAAAUAAAAAACCUAUUAAUAAUAAAAUAAAUAUAAAAAAAAGCCGAACUAAAUAAAGAAAAAUAUAAAACGCGCACAUUCGAAAAUAAGAGGAUUAGAGGAACUCAUCGAAAAACACAAACAACAACUAGCAACGGUCAUUGUGUCCUCUAUGAAGGUCAGAUAGUCGCGGUUAAAAGCGGAUGACUCUGAAUUUGCGACCUCUGUGAAGGUGAAAGGAACUUUAAAUCUCUUUGAAACGGUGCCUAUAAUAUUCAAGACGUUUCAAAAGGGUAACACAACAACAAAACUUUUCAGUGCAGCAGAGAAACCAUAAAACAAAAGAGAAGUCAAAAACAAAAACAAUAAUUGUGCAUUUAUAUUUGGCGAAACUAAAAUAACAACAACUGUAAUCAACUGGAGCUUAAUACAGCAGCAACAAACGUCCAGCAAGGCAGCAAGAGUAACAGCAAGGAUUUACAAACAUAUACAUAAGUAUACACAUAUGUAUAUAUAUAUAUAUACAUAUAUGUAAAUAUAUUUUAUUUUAUUUAUUGGUACUUUCUCUCGUUUCUUCUUUUAACAAUAUAUUAGUUUCCCUUUUACACAUACAUAAAUUGAAUUAAAUAUUUAGCUAUGGAAGCGUUACAAAUAAGUAGAUUUAACCUAGUUUUAACUUGCAUAAAAAAUAUUGAAAGUUUUGACGGCAAUGAUACUAAUCAAUUGCCAGAUUAUAUAGAUCAGGUUGAAAAUAUUCUCCCAUCUAUUCUAGAAUUUGAUAGUACUAAUCAAAAUAUACUUUUUGGGUAUAUUAAAAACAAAUGUGUUGGCAAAACUAGGGAAGCCAUUCACAGGCACUCUAAUGUAAAUUCGUGGCAUAUUUUGAAAGAAAUUUUAACAAAAAAUUUUGGCGAAAAAUACAGUAGUAAUGACUUAAUGGACGAAUUAAAAACUUGCAGAUUACAUGGGACAAUUGAAAAUUAUUAUUUUAAAAUAAAUAAACUGGCUAACAGAAUACAUAAUAGAAAUUUAACUCAUGGCGACACUACUUAUAUGACUGAAGAAGUAAACAGAAUUUCACUUAAAACUUUUAGGGAUCAUCUUCCUGAACCAACACGUACUAUGAUAUUCGCCAGAGAUCCUGAAACAUUAGAAGACGCAUUUAAAAUUAUAUUAGGAGCAAAGCAUCAAAAUUAUGCACAGUUUGGACCUGCAAAAAGAGACUAUUUGAAUACAAAUAUAAGAACUAACUUUAGCAAUAAUUAUAAUAACCAAAACAAUUCCUUUCAAAAGAAAUCGUUUCAUUUUACAAAUACGAGUAAUAAACAUAAUCAGCAUUUUGAGACCCAACAAAAUUUUCCAUAUCAAAAUCCACAUUCUAAUACAAAUUAUAAUCCAUGUAAUGAUAACCUAGGAAAUUCAAAUUUUACUAGUCAAACGAAGCGGACCAAUUACUCACAAAACACAAAUAGAAAUAAACCAAAUUCCAAUAAUAAUAAUUAUGAUUACCAAUUUAGACAGCCGAUUUUAAGAAGUCAAAAUGAACCAAUGGAAAUAGGAAAUUCGAACGUAAAUUUUCCAAUAGCAGGCACUCAAAACUUCCAUAUAUAGUAAUUAAUAAUCCUAUAAAAAAAUUGAAAUUUAUAAUUGAUACUGGUGCUGAAUUCAGUAUAAUUAAUCCUGGUAUAUGUCAUCCGAAUUUGAAGCAAAAUGUAAACGUAGUAGCAAAAGCAUUAGGUAGAGAGAUAAUAAUUACAAAACUUUGCAAAUUUCCCAUAUUUCGUGAAUUUAAUAUAAAAGAUUAUAAUUGCGAAUUUUUAGAAUACGCGUUCAAUGAAAACUUUGAUGGACUUAUAGGUAAUAAUAUUUUACAAAAUUUAAACUGCAUAAUAAAUAUACCUUGUAGACAAUUAAUUACAAGUAAUGCUGUAAUAACAAUUAAGGUAUUCACAAGGUGUCAUAGUGUGUCAUAUCGUCAUAUUGUCAUAUUUUUUUAUGACUGUCAUUCCAACACUGUUGUUGUUUCACAUGCAAAAUUAAAAUAUGACUGAUACAACACUGCGUGGUAUGUUUCUUGAGUUCGCUAUUCUAUCAGCUGUAUUUGUUUACAAAUACAACACCGCGUGGUAUGUUUCUUGAGUUCGCUAUUCUAUUAGCUGUAUUUGUUUACUUUCUUAGUAUUGGCGUUUAAGUGUUUGAAAUUAAUAAAUUUCGUUAUUAAUAUGGAAAGAAACCACGAUAUUCAGGUAAAUUAAGUUGAAUAUAAGUGAAAUAUGAAAAUAUUUUGAUGUUUAUGUGGUUGCAAAUGAUUUUAUUGCAUUGUAAACCAAAACGCCGCCGUUUUAAUCCGGCACAUAUGUAAAUGGAAUGCGGCAGAAGAAAAAGCGAUUGUGGAGUUCCUAAUGGCAAAUAGAAGUUUCGAGGUUUGUCAUUUUAAUUAAAAAAAACAAAACAAAGUCAAAUAAUUUUUUUAAAGAAACCAACGGCUCAAAGAUUUUAUGGUCGUUUCAUCGAAGACACGCAGCUGACGGUAGGAUGGAAAGUAGUGUGCGCAAAAGAACGCAAUAUAUUAUAACAAUUAUAACAAAGCAAAGGAGUGGGAAGGGUCGACAGGCGCAGGAAGUAUGGAAGGCGACACAAUAAAAAAUACUUUAAGAAAAAUGUGUUUUUUCUAUGAAGAGUUGGACGAUAUUUUCGGCAGCAGAUUAAAUUGUUCUGCAGUAGUGGAAGACAGUUUGGUGACGCUGUUAGAAAGCAAGUCCAUCGGGAGCAGAAUUUGUGGUUGAAGCGGGCAGUUCAGUUGAAGCUGAAGAACUACAAAGUCGCAAUGUGUGCACUCGGAGGCAGAAAGGAAUAUAUUCCAAAACUGCCUUGUCAGAUAUUAUGCGGGUUCAUGGCGAGAUCGCAGAAAUAAGGAAGCAAAAGCUUAAGAUGGAUAUUGCAGCAAGGGAAAGGGAAAUGUCAAUCAAAGAAAAAGAAUUAGAGUUAAAAGAAAAAGAAAUAUAAUUAAAAAAAGAGAAAUUAAUGACAAAUUAGAAAUUGAAAAAAUGAAAUUACAAAUGCAACAGCUCAUGCUGAUCAAAAAACUUUCAAUAGCUUCGUCUUCUUCGUCACCUGGCAAAGUAAAGUAAAUAAAUAUUUGUAUUUAAUGAAGAAAUGUAUGCAAAUACUCACUUGAUUCAACUCCUAAUAGAGCCAAUGCAUGAUUUUCACAUAAAGAAGCUAUAAUUUUAUUUUUCUGACUUUCUUGUGGCAUUUCUGU